AUGUCGGCGAUCUCCAAGCAAAACCACACCAAGUCGGGCAACAAGAUCAUCAGCAAGCAGCUCAAGGGCGACAAGGUCGCGUCCUGGUUCCAGAAGCCGCUGCAUCUGCGCGUCGGCGGCUACUCGGAGUACUACCAGAAGAUCAACCAGUACCGCUUCGACGUCAACGCGACGGCCAAGCAGCAAGGCCGCGGCCCGCCCAAGAAGGGCGCGGGCAAGCGCUCGUCCAAGAAGAAGUAG